ACCCUUCACCGGUCUCGUUGCCGUUCUCUUCUCGCCCUCUUCUCUAUUAUCUUCUCGCCUUAUCUGCUUCAGUCUUCUCUGAUUUGGAUUUUUUGUUAGAGUUUGAGAAGAUCUCCGAUUCUCUGCACCGCCGUACUCCCCCAAAUCAACCGACUCUGCACCGCCCUAACUCCCCCAAAUCAACCAAGUUUAACAAGGAAUAUCGAAGCCACAACAAUGUGUAAAAAAAACUCGCCGCAUUUAGCUUCAACGCCCACCCUGCUUCGUCUCGCUCCUCCGUUCCUCUGAACAAAGUUUGGAGGUCCGAUGGAGGGCAACAACAGAAUAGGCUACGCCUGGGCUGUCUCCGCCGGACUCACCGCCGCUCUUGCUGCCAUUUCUGCUAAGCGCUUCACUUCUCAGAUUAUUAGGUAUGGUUUCGUGGUAUUAUUCAACGCGACAAUGUGGGGAUGUUAUAUCAACAGCCUUAAAGUUCUCUCUUCUCUUCAAGCUACGGUGACGAACUUCGCCACUAAUUUCCUCACUUCUGGUCUAGCUGGAUACUUUUUGUUUGAAGAAGCAUUGUCGUUUCUGUGGUUUGCAGGAGCUAUGCUUAUUGUGGUUGGGGUACUAGUACUAAGUAAAUCGAGUAUUGAGUGGAAGGGAAGCACAGAUUAAUGCUUCCGCGUUCUACUUCUCCAUUUUGAUUAACUAGUGAAAUGAGACCCUUUUUUUUUCUCAAUAUAAUGAAACGAGGAAAGAGGGGGAAAAGUAUGAUUAUGUACAUUAACUAUAGAGAUGCUAUUGCUUCUGUGUAAUUUUAACACUACAAGUUUACUAGGAAGAUCUUUUUUCCCAAGCCACCUUGGUCCAUGGCAGUAAAAGCACAUAUGUUCGUGCAAAGGAAAAGAACGUCAAUAACGAAUAAAAAAAAAAAGGAGAGAAAAACAAAAUCAUGAUUU